AUGGGGUCAUCUAUGGUCCGUCGCGUCCCUCUUGAGGUUGCCAUGCAGAUUGUCGAAGCGGCCAAGCUCUCCAGCAUUGCAGAUACGCGGAAUAUGUUGACAGCCUUCGAGUGGAGACUGCCCGACAGUUACUGGCAGAGCAAAUGUGACAUGGACUUGAUCUUUGAAUACGAUGAUCUCAGGAAGACCAAUGCCCUGGUAGACUGGCAGUUUCUCGCUCUAGCAACCGAGGAACUGCUGGAGAACCCUGGCUGGUUUGACAAUAGUGGACUUAGAAUUCGUCGUCAGACUUUCGACUUUCUCAAACAGAUAAAAGAUGGCUUCUUAAAUCUGAUCGAAAAGAACAAAAAGCAGACCAAAUCUUGGGAUGACCUCAACAUUGGAAGCUAUCGCCUAAGAAGGCCUUACGUCUUAAAAAGGGCACCCCAAAUCUAG